UCGUCUCUCUUCAUUUCUUUCUUUCUCACCUCCACCAUGCUCGUCGACGCUCCAUUAUCGCCAUCCCUCUCACUUACCGAGUACAAUACCGACCUUUCAGAAUACCUUAACACGGAUCUCUUCGGACCCAGCAUAGAGGGCGAAUCGUCUUCGCCCUCGUCGAGCGCGUCAUCACCCCAGUCAGCAUCGCUGUUGACACCGCCGCAGGCCCCGCCGUCGCCAUCGUUCACCGACGUGUAUGACUCUCCGUCGACGGGCAGCGCCCUUUUCAACUUCCUCGAAGACGAGCUGAAGCUUGAUGUACAGCCAUCGACGUCGCCGUUCCAGUUCUUGUCGAGGUAUGAGGAGCAGCCGGAACCGAUGGGCAUCGACCCACAGCUGAUGGCGACGCCUGCGGAGGAACCAAUUCAGACGUUUAAGGAAGAGGAGAAGCCAUUACAGCAUGAGCCACAGCCUGUGCCCAAGCAGGAGAAGCUCACGUUGACCAUUACUCCCUUCAAGGCUGGUGGUCACGGCCAAUCGCGGAAGGGGACUGUAGUGAACGGUGGCGUUGUCAAAAGGUCCGUAGCUGCUCCGACACAGGCUACAGCCCCCGUCGUUGUGCCCAAAGAGAAGGAAAACAUCGACGACGAUGACGACCUCCCCGCUGAUUGGCGUCCCCCCCCAGAGGUCUUCGCAAAGAUGUCGAGCAAGGAAAAGCGCCAGCUCCGCAACAAGAUCAGUGCACGCAAUUUUCGUGUGCGAAGGAAGGAGUAUAUAUCGACCCUUGAGCUCGAUAUUGCGGAGCGGGACCGUCUGCUGCAGUCUAUUAGGGACGAGCUUGGCUCCACUCAGUCGGAAAACGUGGCUCUGCGUCAGGAGAUUGCGGCUUUGAAGAAGGCUCUGCUAGAAGGUCGUUCGAAUAUGGAGCUGACUACGGAGGAUAUCCCUGUGCUCAACCUACCCCCUCCAGGCCCUAUACCGACUGCAACCCCUGCAGCAACAGUCUCCCAUGCUACAUCACCAUCACCAUCCCUCAUCACUGCCAACACGCAGAAGGAUGUUGCAUCACCACGCUCCGGGAGCUUCUGGGGUGGCGCAUCUAGAAUGGGUAGUGGCAUCACUCCCGUGCACACGGUACUUAUUCCCGAGAUAGCUUGGACCAAGUCUGAAAAUAUCAAUCCCGCUCUCAAUGCAGAGAAACGCGUUAAGUCGCCUGUCACUUCCGGUUUCGAUGGAUUUACAGACAGCCACCUCUUCACGAUGAAGAAUCUCGACAUGUACCGCAUGCACUUGUGGUCAAAGAUGGCCUCACAGCAAAUGUCCCAACAGCAGCCCCAGUACCCGCCAUCGCCACCAUUAUCAGCACCUUCUUCGCCUCGGACCCCGAGCAAUCCAUUGUUUUCACCAUCUCCGUUCACCAACCCUUCGCUUCCGUCGUAUUCCACGCCGCUCCACGGCCUCGCCUCGUUCAUGGGCCCCAAAUACUUCCAGACGUCGCACAAGGCGAAUCUCCCUUCGCCACCCUCGUCCCCGCCAAUGAUGAGCAAGACUCUCAGCAAGGUGUUGUCAGGCAAACACGCGACUUUAUCCCAGGGAGGGUUUGGAAGGAAGAGUUCUGCGCCGGCUCCGCCGAUGAAGGAUCAGGAACAGGCCUUCGUUGCUGCGCUUGCUGGACAGACCCUGUUGAAGCGUCUUGGUGGCGCGUUCUGGGAUGCGUUUUCUGGGUCCGAGUCAUCGUCAAAGAUGAGGAAGAUCGACACGGAUAAGGUGAGGAGAGUCUUAGAAGGCAAGGCGGUGGUGCAAAUCGUGGAUGUGGAUGUUGAAUAUCGGAAGGAGGUGGGAACGAUGGGACGCAAGAUAGCGGAGAACUGCAAGGAUUCGUGCUCGGUCACGGCCAUUCUGGAAGAGAGUAUGAGGAGUUUGACGUUGGGAAAGAAGUAAAGCCCCCUGCCCUGUUAUAUAACUAACCCCAUCUCAGCAUAGCAUAGCAUCGUUCUUCUCUCGUUCGUAUUUACCAUUACCUAGAAUUCUUCACUCAAAAAAAUGGUCAUAAUAGUGAAAAAUAUA